AAUCUGCCAUUGGGGAAAGAAACCCAGCAAGUGUUCAAAAGCUUGAAAAGAUUUCCAAAGGGAGACUGGGAGAAAAUGAAAUCCACCCGAAAAUGCUUGUCAAUGGAUACGAGAAAGAUUUGGAGGCUGUCAUCACUGCCAAACGGUGGCGGUGUGGCAAACUUGCGUCGUUCAUGUUCAAGCAUUGAAAAAAGCGAAGAAAAAGGAACUGCGCGUGGAGGCAGGUUUGCUUCCGCUCAACAAAGUCGCUUAUGGGAGCUUGUAAAUGGAUAAAUAAAGUUACAUGGUGUGUGUCGUGGAAGCGGUGACAGUUAGCAACAAUGAAGCUCAACAUCGACGGUUUGUUGGUGUAUUUCCCCUACGAUUACAUCUACCCCGAACAAUACUCGUACAUGCUGGAGCUCAAGAGGACGCUGGAUGCUAAGGGCCACGGUGUCCUGGAGAUGCCUUCAGGAACCGGCAAGACCAUUUCGCUCUUGUCGCUCAUUGUUGCGUACCAGAGGGCGUUCCCUCUGGAAGUCACCAAGCUGAUCUACUGCUCCAGAACGGUCCCCGAGAUUGAGAAGGUUGUGGAGGAGCUGAGAAAACUGAUGGAAUUUUAUUCCAAGGAAACAGGCGAGAGAAAUAACUUCCUGGCUCUGGCACUCUCUUCCCGCAAGAACCUUUGCAUUCAUCCGGAGGUGAGCAGCCUGCGCUUCGGGAAAGAGGUGGACGGCAAGUGUCACGGCCUCACGGCGUCGUACGUCCGCGCGCAGCGUCACGUCAACCCCAACCAGCCCCUUUGUCGCUUUUAUGAGGAGUUCGACGCCGUGGGCCGGCAGGUGCCGCUUCCCGCCGGCGUCUACAACCUGGACGACCUGAAGGACUUUGGCCGCAGGAAAGGAUGGUGUCCCUACUACCUGGCGCGCUACUCGAUCCUGCACGCCAACAUCGUGGUGUACAGCUACCACUAUCUGUUGGACCCCAAGAUAGCGGACCUGGUGUCCAAGGAGCUGGCCAAGCAGUCCGUGGUGGUCUUUGACGAGGCCCACAACAUCGACAACGUGUGCAUCGACUCCAUGAGCGUUAACAUCACCAGGCGGACGCUGGACCGUUGCCAGGGGAACGUGGAAACGCUGCAGAACACCAUACACAAGAUCAAGGAGACGGACGCGACCAAACUGAAGGAGGAAUAUCGCCGCCUGGUGGAGGGCCUGAAGGAAGCCAACGAGGCUCGGGAGACUGACGUCUACCUGGCCAAUCCCGUCCUGCCUGACGAGAUCCUGAAAGAGGCCGUUCCCGGCACCAUCCGUACCGCCGAGCAUUUUGUCGGCUUCCUGAGGCGCUUCAUGGAGUACUUGAAGUCCCGUCUGAGGGUGCAGCACGUGGUUCAGGAGAGCGCGCCGCAGUUCCUCAAAGACAUCUUUGACAAAGUCUGCAUCGACCGCAAGCCUCUCAGGUUUUGCGCCGAGCGUCUUCAGUCGCUGUUACGGACGCUGGAGAUCGCAGACAUCGCGGACUUCUCCGCCGUCACGCUCAUCUCCAAUUUUGCCACCUUGGUCAGCACGUACAGUCAAGGUUUUACCAUCAUCAUCGAGCCGUUUGAAGACAGAACGCCGACCAUCGCCAACCCCGUCUUGCACUUCAGCUGCAUGGACCCGUCUAUCGCCAUCAAGCCGGUCUUUCAAAGGUUCCAGUCGGUCAUCAUCACGUCGGGGACGCUUUCCCCACUGGACAUCUACCCCCGCAUCCUGGACUUCCGGCCCGUCACCAUGGCGUCUUUUACAAUGACGCUGGCUCGGACCUGCCUCUGUCCGCUGAUCGUCGGACGCGGAAAUGACCAGGUCGCUCUGAGCUCCAAGUUUGAGACCAGAGAGGAUUUCGCUGUGAUCCGUAACUACGGCAACCUGCUCUUGGAGAUGUCAGGCGUGGUUCCCGACGGCAUUGUGGCGUUUUUCACCAGCUACGUCUACAUGGAAAACAUUGUGGCAUCCUGGUACGGGCAGGGUAUUCUGGAAAACAUUCAGAAGAACAAGUUGAUCUUCAUCGAGACGCAGGACGCCGCAGAGACCAGUAUGGCGCUGGAGAAAUACCAGGAGGCGUGCGAGAACGGCAGAGGAGCCAUCUUGCUGUCGGUGGCGCGAGGGAAAGUGUCGGAGGGGAUAGAUUUUGUGCACCACUUCGGCCGAGCGGUGAUCAUGUUUGGCGUCCCCUACGUUUUCACGCAGAGUCGAAUCCUCAAGGCCCGUUUGGAGUACCUGCGGGAUCAGUUCCAGAUCCGAGAGAACGACUUCCUCACCUUUGACGCCAUGCGACACGCCGCACAGUGCGUCGGCCGAGCCAUCCGAGGAAAGACCGACUACGGGCUCAUGAUUUUUGCUGACAAGCGUUACGCCCGAGCGGACAAGCGCGGGAAGCUUCCUCGCUGGAUCCAGGAGCACAUCGGCGACGGCAGCCUCAACCUCACCGUGGACGAGACUGUGCAGCUGGCCAAGCAUUUCCUCCGACAGAUGGCUCAGCCCUUCAGCCAGGAGGACCAGCUGGGUUUGUCUCUGCUGACGCUGGAGCAGCUGCAGUCGGACGACAUGCUCAAGAAGAUCGCUCAGAUGGCUCAUCAGAGCUGAACGAGAUCCCCGUUGACGUUUGGGUAAAGUACCGGCAAUUAGUCUGGAGCGGAAAGUCACUCCAAAAAUUGUCUGUCGUACAGACAAUUUUUCUACUCCCAACUAUACAUUUCUCACAUUUGUAUGUACAGUUUCUUUUCUCCAUUGUUACUACAUGAGGGCGAGUAUCGCUACAAACUGCCUUUGGUGUCCUCACGAGAAUCACCUGCUUAUUAUGCAAAUGUUGCAAAUGAGUGGCCAAGCACGAGUACCAUUGAUUUGAUCAAACAACUCUUGUGUACAUUAUUUUCAGUCAGAUUUGACAUUUUGCAUGCGUCCCUGAAGUUUGUGACCACCCUGUAAUAUCUCCAAGCUGCGUUUUGUCUUCAAUGAAGGCUGAGAGGGUGGACGGUUGCACAAUAAAUAUUGACACUCAUGUAGUGCAUUCAUUUGACACUCCCGAGUGUGCUGGAGUUCAGUUUAGCCGAAAGAGGCUAAUUUGGACGUCAACCUUAACACGGCCGCUCGCAUAAUGAAAUAUUGUGACAUUUUUACAUUGUCUGUGGCAUCUUUUGAAUAGAGCUCGUGCACGUGACGUCACCAUUUUCACGGCGUCAUAUUGCUGGUCAAAAAGCCGCUCGACAGUGCGGGGGACAUUGAACCGGAGCAGAAUAUGCACAAUAGCCGAGACCGGUUGUGCUGUUGGUUGUCGCAACAGACGAGACGAGACGAGAUAUUCAAAGACAUCAUUCUAUGGAAUACAAGCUGAAAAGAUGGAUGGAUUUCGGCAAUUAAACGUGAUGGAUGGUCCCCAAGCAAAUACACGCGACUGUGUAACGAUCGCUUCAUUUCAGGUAGGAAUUAUUAUUCUCAAUCUCAAAUUCCCCAAAAGUAUUUAUAAUGCCAAGUUGGCUCAUUUGAGAACAAUGUGUUUAAAAAAAACAAACUGUCAGAGGUUUACGGAGGUUAAUGUGUGACCGCAAUCGCUUCCAUGUACAUUCCGUAUGUUUUUUUUUCCCCCAGUCAUAGUUAAUGAAUGCGAGUUUGUGUAAAACCAGGGCUCAUUAAUUGAAAUAUUGGUAUUUGAGAACAAAUCCAACAACCAAGUAUUUGUAUGCGUCCAGACUUUUAUACGCUUUCAAACUUCUCCGUGUAAAUCUCGGCGACUUGCUCACCAGAUACUACAUGUAGAAGUGGGUUAACGGUCCAAUUUCUUAUCGGCGAAAACAUCGACUUGGGCAUUAAAUAUGGGUCAUCUAUGCCAAGUGUCUCUCAUUUUCCCACGUACCUUCGUUUAUUAUCACCUUCUAAAUGUUUAACAGUAUCGGACAUAACUCUGGGCGUCGUGCGAUAAGACGUAUUUUCGCGCCGUCUCCAACCGACUUGAGCAUUGAAGAAUGCUUUGCUUGAUCGCGUGAUUUCGGUGACGUCGGUGCAUGAGCUCCAUACAGUGGAACCUCGAAAUCUGAACGUAAUCCGUUCUUGUGAUGUGUUCAACUUCUGAAACAUUUUGCCUUUUAUGACAUUUUAACGGCUCAUUACGGCAUAAGAAGUGAGACGCAACUGCUGUCGUCGUUUACCAACAGACUUCGCGUGCUUCUGCAGUUAAGUACUUAAUGACGUACGCUUGGGGAAAAACAGGGGCGGGUCUUAAGCGGAUGACGCACUCGUCCACUAAUUGGGGCACAGCCUGAAAUAUUUGUCUAGAAUGGAUGAUGUCAUAGUUUGGCUGCCAAUUUGGGGAAGCAUUACUGAAAACUUGGUA